AUGGAAUCCCUCUCAGACACACUGUGGGAUGUAGUGAUCAGCGGCACGGGGCUACAACAGUCCCUUCUCGCCCUAGCUCUUUCGCGGUCGGAAAAAAACGUUCUCCAUGUCGAUCCAAACGAGUACUACGGCGGUUCUGAAGCUGCAUUGAGUCUUGAGGACGCAGAUGAGUGGGCUGAAAAGUAUGCAGGCUCAGACGCCAAUGCUCCGUUUGCUGGAGCAGAGGUGACCAAAGAGAGCGAAGGUCUCGCAGCAUCGCGAACCUACAGCCUUCCGUUGGCGCCGCAGCUUAUCCAUGCACGGUCGGAGCUGGUGAAUCAGCUGGUUUCGUCGAAAGCCUUUCGACAGAUUGAAUUCCUUGCAGUCGGGUCCUUCUACAUCUACCAGGCUGCGGCAGAGGACUCCUCGCCCGCCCUGAGUCGAAUACCAUCGACACGGGAGGAUGUCUUUGCUAACAAAGCUAUUCCCGCGCGUGCGAAGCGCCUGUUGAUGAAGUUUCUCAAGUUUGUUCUUGACUACAAUUCCGAAGCGCAUGCCGAUUUGUGGAAAACAAAAGAGUCUCAGCCGCUGGUCGAAUUCCUGGAGACGGAAUUCAAGCUGGACCAAGACUUGCAGUCAUAUGUUGUCACCUUGACUCUUUCCACAGAUGGCAAGAUCUCGGUACGCGAUGGCUUGGCUGCAAUUCAUCGUCAUCUUACCUCCAUGGGUGUAUUCGGAUCAGGCUUUGCCGCUGUCUAUCCCAAAUGGGGUGGCCUGUCAGAAGUCGCUCAGGUAGGCUGUCGAGCUGGAGCUGUGGGUGGUGCAAUCUACAUGCUGGGGACCGGGAUUUCCGGUGUUCAACAUGUCCAAUCGGACGGCGAGACACAAGUUGAGGUCUCUCUCACCAACGGUGUGACAGUCAAGUCGAAGACGCUGGUGCAGAGCACAGACAAGAUUUCGAGCGAUGAUACCCGCGUCAGCAGACUGAUUGCUGUUAUUGACUCGCAUAUUCCUCAUAUGUUCCAACCAGUUGUUGAAGGUGCUCCUACACCUUGCUCAGCAAUUGUUGCAUUCCCCACCGGUUCCGUCGUAUCCGAUGGCGGCGACGUUUCCGGCUUUCCCAUCUAUGCUUUGGUUCACUCCAGCGAUUCUGGCGAAUGCCCAGCCGGACAAUGCACCGUAAUCCUGAGCACAGUUUCCAGUACCAAUUCCAAGAAGCUCCUGAGCCAUGCACUUUCGUUGUUUCUUGCUGCAAUCUCAACAUCCGAGCCCGUCAAAUGCCUCUGGCGGAUGCACUAUGAGCAAACCGUCGGCUCAGCCUCCUUCAUCGUAGAAAACAACGUUGGAGUUUUUGACCGGAUAACCCCAGACUUGGCUUUCAACGACUCUAUCCUGGACCCUGUGAAGAGAGCCUGGCAGAUGGUGAUUGGUGAGGCUAACGAGGAUGAGUACAUGCAAUUUGAUGACAGAGAGGGUGUGAACGAUGAUGACGAUCCAUUUAAUAGCUAA